AUGCAGUUCUCUAUCACCGCCCUUGUUCUCGGCCUCGCUGCCGUUGCCUCCGCUGGUAUCGUCGAUACUGAGGGUAUUCGCAACGCUCCCCGCAGUGCUCUUGUCUUUGCCCGCCAGAAUGACCAGAACGGCAACCGACCUGUUCCCAACGGUCAAUGCUGUGUCGCCAAUACCAGUCUUAAGCAGGAUGCUUGCACAAGCCAAUCAGGCCAAGCCGGUCGCUGUGUUCCCGGUGGAAACAACUGUGGUGGUACCCUGAGCUGCAUUGAGCAGUCCAACCUUCAGUGUGAUGCGAAUGUGCUUGAGCGCGGAAACUCCCUCUGCCGUGCUAAGGCCCAAAACGGAGGUCUCUUCGACGGUGGCCGAAUCAUCCAGAACCUUAGCGAGGCUUCAGUCAACUAG